UCCAAACAUGGCCCAACUUAUAACCAUCAUCGCAUGUUUUGUUUCGUUUUCGGUUUCUAAGCCUACCCUUGCUUCUACCAUAGUAAGUCCAGUCAGUGAGUAUGUCCAUGCCCCAGGAAAAUUCAUCGCCCCCAUCCCGCCGCAUUCCCUGAGAGUGGAGAGAGACGUUAGUCUAGAAAUGUGCGCAGCCAAGUGCACCAUCUACUUCCGGACUCGCCAGUUUCCGUGCUACGCGUUUGAGUAUACCGCCGGAAGUAGAAUGUGUGUCUACACUAAUAUGACGACGUUACUCAUUCAAGAUGGCUAUCUUGGCCUACAUGACAACCCCAGCGUGGAUUUCUACGAGCGAUCAAAAGCAUCCUACAAGAACAUGUUUCGAAAGAUCUCGGACUCCGCCCUUAGUAAACAAAGCAGCUACUUUCACAUCAAGCAGAACUCCAGCCUGGAGGAGUGUUCCUUUCACUGCGUCAUCAGCCACGCCCACACAUGCAUGUCAUUUUCCUAUAGCCACGCCUCCGGCACGUGCGGUCUUAGCAACACUUUGUAUUCUAGCCAAUCAAAGGACGUUUCAUUGAUCCAUACGACAUUGUAUGAUCACUACCAGUAUAUUACAGCGUGGCCGUGCAACGCUACCCUUGCCUCAAACUAUGCACCGCACGUGUUCGCCUCUCUCAAAUACCCGUACAUGGCCAUGCAGAAUGUUAAUUGCCACGUGACCAUUCAAGCACCAAUAGACAAAACCGUAUCACUGUCUUUCCCGACAGUCUACUUCAAACAAAGCGUUUGUGACGUCAUCGGAGCCGGAAUCACGGUGCACGACGGUGCGGACCAGAGCGCUCCAAUCAAAGCGAAGAUAUGCUCUGCAACCCAGGGGGUGUACAGUGUACGAUCCACGUCAGACACUAUGUACGUCAGAUUCCGAACAGGUCAGAUACCAAUGGCCUUUCAAGGAGUGUAUGAAUUCAAUAAUCCAGAUCCUCCCAGAAAUCCCUGUGAAAGCAGCAAGUGUAUAAACGGGGCAACGUGUCAACCCUUGGGUAAAGGGUAUAACUGCGCAUGUGUUGCUGGAUUCACGGGCGUGUUCUGCGAGACAAAUAUUGAUGACUGUGCAAGCAGCCCAUGCUUCUUUGGGGGAACAUGCAAGGAUGAAAUCGAUGACUUUUCCUGUGUGUGUGAAGGGAACUUUACAGGCAAGCGCUGUGAGAAAUAUUUAGGAAUGUGCGCAAACAAUCCAUGUGUACAUGGCUCGUGCUCGACGACCGGACGAUACAGCUAUGCAUGUAACUGCGCACAAAACUACAUGGGCAAAAAUUGUGACAUCCGUUUCCAUCCAUGCAUGACGAAACCCUGCACGCAUGGCUCCUGUGUAGAGAACGGAAGUGAAUACAAGUGUAUAUGCGAAACAGGUUACACCGGAAGAAACUGUAACGUCGAUGACAAUAAUCCUUGUAAACCGGAUCCCUGUGUUCGAGGAAGCUGUAUGAUUUACGCGCCAAAUCAAACUUUUGUAUGCGUCUGCGAGUCUGGAUUUACCGGGCGUUUGUGUAACUACGUCAUCAAUCAUUGUGAGGGGGUGGACUGCGGGUUUGGACACUGCGUUUCCUACCAAACCGGAUACAAGUGUCUGUGUGACGACCAGUACGCAGGCGCAGACUGUAGAUUGCCCUUGCUCUGUCAAGGUGUGGAUUGUGGAAACGGAACUUGCGUCAUGAAUAUUACGUCAUCGCCUGCUGUUCAUUGCAGGUGCUCCGAUGGAUACGAAGGCGAUAGGUGUAAUAAGAAAAUAGAUUACUGUGAUAAUUCGCCUUGUUUGCAUGGCAGGUGCCAGAGCACGGAAACUGGCUACGUUUGUGUCUGUGAUAAAGGGUUUGCAGGUUCCCGUUGUGGAGAGGAGGUGAAUCCGUGUCUGGGGGCGGACUGUGGGUACGGGAUCUGUGAGGCCACGGCAAACCAGACCUACCGCUGUAUCUGUGCCCGGGGGUUCUCCGGACCACAGUGUAGACAGAACACAACGACGGGGCUUACUACCCCUAAUCCAUGCCUGCCUAUUCCCUGCCAACACGGCGGCGUGUGUCGACCCGUGGGGUUCAGCGAGUACGUUUGUGAGUGCGGUCAGGAGAAUGGCGUCACUUACCGCGGGAAAAACUGCAAUCAGGCAGUGACGUUAUGUGACUCCAGCCCCUGUACACUGGGCCACUGUGUCCCCGAGGGCAAUUCUUACAGAUGCGUGUUGGAUCUACAGGGAGUAAGCAAUUCCACGGCGUCCCCUCUCCAUAUACCUACAGGUAAUCUAAUGAUAAUUGUUACUUUAUGUAGGUACUUGACUUACUAAUAUUUCAAACAUGAGUUGUGUUAAUUUUUUGGUAUUUUUCAUAAAUUUAAUGUUUUGAGCUGUUUAUUUUUUUUUAUUUAUAUCAUGUGCCCCAAUCUCUCUUUCUUUCUCUCUCUCUCUCUCUACAAACAAAACGCGCGCGUAAUUUUGACGGGCUAUUUAGGUAAGUCUUUCUUGCACUAUUAAUAAAAAAUCACAUAUUAAAAUGGGCAUGGUCACAAUUUAGGUCAAGUUUAAUUUUGUUCUUUCUAUUUCUAUUAUUUUCAAUGAUGAAGUAAAUCAAAAGUUUAGUUCAUUACUGGAAAAGAUUGUUUGUGUUAAAUUUAUGUAUAUGUACAUUGAUAUAAAAAUUAUACAGCUUUAUUUAUAACAAAGUGUGAGUUUUUAGGUUUUGUCAAAACAAGAAAUGUCUAGGAGUUUAUAAAGCUGUUUAUCAAUACCCAAAGGUAUGUAGCUGUGAUGGACAUAAAUAAGCGAGUAUAUUAUUUAAUGAUUAUUGUAAGUUAUAACAAAUAAGAGAAUCUUAUAAUGUAUUUUCAAACUUAUCAUUUCAUUUUUUUUUCAAGGUUAAAUCUAUAUUCAAGAAAUCUUGCCAUUUUUCGUGUACUUUUUUCAUAAAAAUCAUACACCAUUCUAAAUGAAUCUUUGAAGUAUAAACCUGAUUAAUAUUAUCUUUAGUAGAGUUCAGAUUAGAUGAAUAUGACAUCACACUUUUUCCUUUGACUUAGAAAUGUUUAGCAGUUAAGGGAACACUACCGAAGUUGUCUUUCCUGAUCUGUGCAUCAAUACCAGGUCCCCUUGAUGAUCACUACAGUAACUAUGUGACGUACACAGGGCCAUGGAAGGAGUAGGAUAUAGAACUAUAUCUGACACCAAGUUCAUUUUGUUUGGUCAACUUAAGACGUGAUAUAUACCU